AUGACCUUUCAGAUAGCAGUAUAUGCUUACUAUGUUGUGCAACUUAGGAGUGGAAUUGAAUUGUAUGGACCAGUACCACAAAAAUCUAUCCUCAUAUUCAAUCCUUAUAAAACCAGCGAAGUGUGGCGAUAUUUCACUUACAUGUUUAUUCAUAUAGGGAUAAUACAUUUGGCUUUCAAUGUGUUAACACAAAUCAUUCUUGGCAUUCCACUUGAGUUGGUCCACAAAUUUUGGAGAAUUGCUUUGGUGUAUUUAUCUGGUGUUCUGGCCGGUUCCUUGCUGGACUACGCUAUUGAUCCGAGAACGUACUUGGCCGGGGCCUCUGGAGGUGUGUAUGCUUUACUUGCAGCACAUAUAGCCGAAUUACUUAUUAACUGGACCGAGAUGGAAUUCGCACUUUAUCGAGCUCUUGCUUUAACAGUCCUGGUCUCAAGUGACGUAUCCUUGGUCAUUUAUCACCGCUACUACCUUAGCACCACAGAUAAAAUAUCUCACGUAUCACAUCUUGCUGGCUUCGUGGCUGGCGUCUUAAUGGGUACCAUCGUGUUACGGAAUUUUCGAAAGAAAAAUUGGGAACGUGUAGUAUGGUGGAUUACUUUUGCAGUAACAAGUCUUUCAUUCUCAACGCUUGUCUUAAUCAACAUCAUCCCGCAUAUUUAA